AACCGUCCCACCACCGGACUGCACGCCAGCGCACUGUCGACCAGCUGAUAAUUGCUCGCGUUAAUUACGGAAAUGCCACAGCACAACCACUCCAGCUCUUACGACUUCGUCGAUGACGACGACGACCUCCUAAAGAAGAAGAGGAAGCCGCCGUACAAACCUCCCCUCUUCCUUCCCACUAGCUCUACCGGCCCCUCACGUCGCAUCGUUGCCCUCGUCCUCAUCAUCGCCGCCGCCUGCGUUGUAAUCGGUGUUUCCGGGAUCGCAUUCGCGGCCGCUGCACUCCGUCGGCCUCCGCGGAUCGUCACUGUAUUCCGAUGUGGCCGUGCCGAGGACACCCUCCGUACUUUCAGAUCCAAGUCCCUCGCCGCCGCCGGCCGGGAGGAGGAGGUCGUGGCGCAGAGGCCGAAGGUGCUCGCAGUGGUCGGCGUCUAUACUGGGUUUUGGGCGGCAGAUCGUCGAGCUGCGCUACGUGCUACCUGGUUCCCCUCUGAUUCCGAUGCCUUGAGGCGCUUGGAUCAUGAUACUGGAUUGGCUCUUAGAUUUGUGAUUGGGUCGACAAAGGAUUCGAAGAAUAUGACAACUCUGCGAAAGGAAAUAGACAUGCACCAUGACUUCCUUCUUAUAGAUGCUGAUGAAGAUAACUUGAAUUUGUCCCAUAAGACGUUAGAAUUUUUCAAAGCAGCUUUCAACCUUUUUGAUGCAGAGUUUUAUGUGAAAGUUGAUGAUGAUAUAUAUUUGCGGCCAGACCGACUUGCUACACUUCUUGCCAAGGAUCGAGCACAUCGUCUUAGUUAUAUUGGUUGCAUGAAAAAAGGCCCUGUAGUCACAGACCCAGAUAUGAAAUGGUAUGAAAGUUCAGGCAAGUUGAUUGGCGACGAAUACUUUCUCCAUGCUCAUGGCCCAAUAUAUGCUCUCUCUGCUGAUUCUGUAGCUUUUUUGGUAAAUGCCAGGAAUGAUAGUUUGAGGUUUUUCGAUAAUGAGGACGUCACUAUUGGUUCAUGGAUGCUUGCCAUGAAUGUCGAUCAUGAAGAUAAUAAAGCUCUGUGUGAGCCCAUAUGCAGUCCCACAUCUAUUGCUGUCUGGAGCAACCCAAGAUGCUUAGAUCCCUGCAACCUUCAGGACAAAUUGAUGGAGCUUCACAAUAUCAGCAGUUGCUCAAACAGCUCUACAUUGCCUCCAGAAGGCGGCGACGAUGAUGAGCGCUAGUGCGUUGGUUCAAGCAAUUUUUCUGACUAUACUCGUGAUCGCCAUGUGUUACAUUAUUGACAACACAAACAUUGCAUCGACCUUUUCGGUUACUUCAAUACCUGAUGUAAUUAGCUGCUGCCACAGUGUCCAUACCACGGAGUACAUGUAAAAUUUGUCGUACAUUUUUAUAAUGUAUUUGUUUUGGGUAUUUCGAAAAAAGAGGUGAGUAUGCUAA